AUGGAAAUUAUUGCUACUCCCAUUGCAGAAAAAGUUGCUGAGAAACUGGUUGCUCGAAUUGGACGUCACCUGGGUUAUCUGUUUAACUACCGUAGCAACAUUUUGGAUCUCACCCAACAAAUUGAGAAGUUUCGUGAUGGAAGAGUGAGGGUGCAGCAAUCUGUGCAUGAGGCUAAUAGGGAAGGGGGUGAUAUCUUUCCUGAUGUUGAAAAGUGGCUGUCACGUGCUGAAGAGAUCAUAAAAGAAACAGACAAAUUCCUUGAGGAUGAAAGGGAUGCAAACAGGGGCUGUUUUAACUUGAAGCUGCGGUACCAGCAAAGCAAGAAAGCAAGUGGCCAGGCAGGGGAUAUUCUUAAUAAAAUCCAAGAGACUGAUAAGUUUGGCAAAGUAGCACAUGAGCCUCCUCCACCAGGGAUCGGGUCUUCGUCUGUCAGCGGUUGGGAAGUUUUCGAAUCGAGAGAGACAACUUUAAACCAAAUUAUGGAGGCCUUGAGAGAUGAUGAUGUAAGGAUGGUUGGGGUAUGGGGGAUGGGCGGUGUGGGCAAAACCACGCUUGUGCAACAAGUCGCCGAACAAGCCCAAGUAGCCAAACAAGCCAAUGAAGAAAAGCUAUUUGACACAGUGGUCAUGGCGUUGAAUAUAUCCCAAACUCCGAACGUGACAAAAAUUCAAGGAGAAAUUGCGAGCAUGUUAGGCUUGAAACUUAAGGAGGGAGAUGAAACGGGAAGAGCAGUUCGCCUAAGUCAAAGCUUGAAGAAACACAAGAAGAUCCUGGUGAUUUUAGAUGAUAUCUGGGAGCCCAUCGGUUUAAAAGGAUUGGAAUUCCUUAUGGAUCAGAUGAUCAUAAGGUGGGGUACUACGGCAGGUGAUUCCGUGGAGAAGCCUGAAUUUCGAUCUAUAGCAGAUGAUGUAGUUAAAAAAUGUGAGGGUCUACCAGUUGCAAUUGUAAUAAUUGCACAGGCACUAAAGGUUGAGAAGGUGGGUGUAUGGAGGAAUGCCUUGAAAGAACUUAAAAGGUGUGCACCAAGACACAUCCGCGGAGUGAGUGAAAACGUGUAUUCAUGUCUGGAGUUGAGCUACAACCAUUUGAAAAGUGAUGAAGUUAAAUCAUUGUUCUUACUCUGUGGUUUCCUGGGCGAUGGCGAUAUUUCAUUGGAUGACUUGUUAAAAUAUGGCAUGGGUUUGGAUUUUUUUGACAUGGAUUCAUUGGAGCAAGCAAGAGAUAAAAUAGUUACCCGGGUGAAAAUCCUUAAAGACUCGAGCCUGUUGCUUGACUCACUUGAAGAUGUACACUAUCGUAAACCUUCAAGUUCGUUUUUUGUGGAGGAAGGUAAUGGGUUUAUCAGAAUGCAUGAAGUGGUUCGUGAUGUUGCCAAAGCAAUUGCAUCGAAAGAUCCUCAUCAUCGAUUUGUGGUGAACGAAGAUGUUAGAUUACAAGAAUGGGAAAAGAGGGACGGUGAGUUGAGAAAUUGUGCUGGCAUAUCUUUGAAAUGCACACAUGUCCAUGAGCUUCCAGAAGGAUUGAAAGUUGUAGCUCUUUCCAUUACUGAGGUGGAAUAUAUUGCUGUUUCAAAAGCCAACAAGGAGAUGAUUUGGCUUAAAGGCUUCUUGGAAGAGCUGGGAAAGAAACAAGAGAACAAUUUCCUUUAUUGCGAUAGUUAA